AUGGCGUCGGUGUUUACAUUCGACCCUGACCUUCCCCGGGUUUCGUCACCAUGGUCAAGCUCGGGGACGACAACGCCCCGCCACCAAAAGGGCCAGGGUAGCUCAACUCGCGGGCCAAGCCCAGUUGAUACAAGUGACCCGGGCUUUCUUGAGGCGUGUGGGAUCAAGAAACUGGAUCCUGAGCCUCAAGAUGGACCUACCGAGUAUAAAUUGCACUUACUUCUUCGCCCUAGGCGCCCUUUUGUGUCCUUGACUUCAGGGAACCUAGUGUCCGGAUCACAUCAUUCAAAGCUCCAUAGCACCAGCAAUGUAGAGCCUGAUGCUUCAGAGACUCCAGAGACAGCCUCAAGGCCUGCCCAAUCGUCGUCAAGCUCACCAAGGCAGGCUCGACUAUGCCAGCUUACCACCCAACUUCUCUGGAGACUACAGCAGUCGUCCCCUUUCCAUUCAUCUUCGACCGCGAAUUUGGUACUGCCUGUUCUUCCAGAGGCCACCGAGACGCUAGAUGUCCCAAAAACGCUCUCUCCACUACUCUCGGGCCUGGAAGAAAGUCAGGGAGCAUUGUAUGAAAUUGGCGUCACUGAUGACGGCACUUUUGCAGGAUUGGCCGAGGAUGAAUUGGAUGAGAGUCUUGUGAAUCUCCAGGCAAUGGCUGCCAGUCUCGGGUGUAGAGUCGAAGUCCUUCGCCGUGUUGCGGUGGGGUAUUGUGAAUGGGCGGAGAAGGAUGGAUCUACCCGAUCUGAGAAGCUUUGGGUUGCAGAGGCGCUAGUGCGUCCUGAUCUCAAGCAAUGUCGUUCGCAAGCAUUGGCGGGUGGUGGUCCGACCGAUCGCUGGAAAGAAAAUGAGCACGCAGGCAAAUUUUCAAUGGCAGAGCGACCUCUGCUCACGGAACAGCUCAAUGUUGCCAUCGCAGGAGCAUCAGGAGCGGGAAAAUCUUCUCUCCUUGGAAUUUUGUCUACCUCCGCGUUCGAUAAUGGACGUGGUAAAAGCAGACUUAGCCUUCUCAGGCACCGACACGAAAUCGUGUCUGGUGUUACCAGCUCCAUUGCCCAAGAACUGAUUGGAUACUCGUCAAACGAGAAUAAAACUUCGAACAACUCUACAGAUGUAAUCAAUUAUGCAUCUGGGAACGUCACCUCCUGGGACGACAUCCAUGUCUCUGCUGGUACCGAUGGACGGGUUAUCUUUCUAUCCGAUCUCCCAGGGUCGCUGAGAUACGUUAAAUCAACGCUUAGAGGGCUAAUAAGUCUCGGACCACAUUACGUUCUUCUUUGCGUGCCGGCAAACAACGAGGACCCAGCAAGCGCCAUACCACCUGAAGUUAGCAUGUCACUGGCCUACCUCGAACUAUGCGUCAAGCUAGAAAUCCCUGUCGUCGUGGUAGUCACCAAACUUGAUGCCGCGACAAGACCUAGUAUUAGACAGACGCUGACACAGGUUCUAUCUGCGAUCAAGUCAACCGGGCGUAAACCUGUGAUGCUUCCUGUCCCUGGAGAGGUGAAUGAGCAAGACAUGGACCUUCACAAUAUCUCACCCACCGAUCGACGGGAUGCCAACGCUGCCAUUCCCUCAAUGGGCCGCGAUUGUCUAGACAGUAUCCCCAUAAUCAUCACCAGCGCCGUUACAGGGGCAGGAAUUGGGAAACUCCAUGCUCUACUUCAAUCACUCCCCUUGCCUCCUUCAGAACCGAGCACACAGCUCAUCGAAAGGUCUAAAGAUGACAACCAGGAUCACCCAAUAUCCCUCUUCGAUAUCAGUGAAGUCUUCGAAAUGCCCCUUUUCAAAGUGUAUUCCCUUUCAAACGAAAAUAAGCGCCAAAACGAUCGAGGUAUAGUUCUCUGUGGCCGUGUUCGUCGCGGUACCAUCGCUAUCGGCGACCGUCUUGUCGUCGGCCCAAUAAUUCCAGAACCUCGUUCUCACGAGCCAGCCAACACUCCUCCCCGGGCUAAGGCAACAUAUAGCAAGUCUCUUCCAGAUUCACUGCCUUCUACACGCUUUAGAAAAUUCACGGGCGACAGCCUGGAUGCGCAGUCACAAACACAUGCAGUUUGGAAACAAGUUCGUGUCGUCAGUGUGCGGAACCUCCGACUCCCUGUCAAAGCCCUUUUCGAGCAUCAGAUAGGCACUAUUGGGGUGGAUUUUGUCGAUUCUUCAUCACCCUCGGCAUCUCUGGGGCGAAUGCGCAAGGGCAUGGUGCUCGCGGACUUUAAUCGUGGAUACUCAUCCAAUUCGCUACUUUCUUCGCGCCCACUCUCUACCUCCGCUCCGUUCUUUCACGCUGGGUUCAUUGCUAGGUUCCCUGCCUCGGAUUUCACGACCUCGUCUCCCAUACUGGUCUCCGGGGGUACUGCAAUGGUAUAUAUUGAAAGUAUUCGGGCCGCCGCUCGAAUAAUCCUGAUUGAACAUGCUAAAUCGCACGUCGCUCCAUCCUGUGGUAUGGAGCCGGAGAUAUUCAUGCUUGAUUCUGCAGAGCAUAGCCGUGCUGAUCACGGACAUUCUCCCGCCGCCGAUGAUGACCACGAAGUGGAAGAAGUGAAUGUGACAUUUUCUCUUACUGCGUCUGUGGAGUGGGUUGAAGUAGGAUCACUUAUCCUCGCUGUCCCAGGAACAGGUAUGGGUGUACCGGCCACGCCUCCGCCUUCCUCGUCGUGUCUCCCAUCAGUUGCUCGAGGUUCAGGCUCCACGAGCUCGUCAGGCUUGAAGGGUGUUGUUGGCAGAGUCUAUGAAGUUCUGCAUGCAUAA